AAUGUAACAAAUUUGUUUAUUUUCAUUAUACAGUUUGCAUUUUUCUUGAAGUUUUUACAGUUUAAACAGUUUAUUGUCAUUCCUAAGGUUCAAAUACUUACUGUUGAUCAUUUAAUUCUUUCUACUCUCAUAUUUUGAACAAGUUAAAAAUUAUCCUAUUUAUAGUUACACUUCUACAGGAAAUAGUAUCCAUGUUGUCACUUUUGCCUAAGUUAUAAAGUUACCUGGUCUCUGAUUGGCUAAGUUACUCUAGUUUCUUUGGUUUUCAUUGGUUAAAAUUAGUGAAUAGAAUACAGGUAUAUAUAAGAGAGUGUUCGGUCAGUUUUCUUCACUUGGGUUAGGGAGUGAUUACCUUAUGGUAAGUCUCCCUUUCUAUUCUUGGCACUUAAACCUCUUGGUUUUACAGCUAUGAAUAGGUUAGAGUUAGGUUUAGUAUAAGAAAGCAUGAUUUAUGUAGAGUUAGGAUUUAGUUCAUUUUUGUAGGGUUUAAAGCAAUUUUUCUUAUAUAAUACAGAUUUUCCUUAAGGUUUAGAGUGUAAGUUUAGAUAGGUUUUCCCUUUCCCAGUCCUGGUUUAAGGUGUUGUAGAUAACUUAUUUUUAUAAGGAGGAUUAUCUUAGUCAUUUUUACAUUUAUUUGUCAUAGAGGAGAAAUUUAAUAUUUAUAGAGAUGUAGCUCGUUCCUUAUUCAUCGUUCCUCGUCUGUUAUUAUUAAAUCUAUUUUUAGAUUCUAUGGUGGCCCAGUAGGAACAUAUUUUGAUUUUUGGCAAUUAUUUGGCAUUUUUGCAUUUUCCUAUUUUUUUAUUAAUUGUAGAAUUUAAUUAAAUUUUCAAGUAUCCAUUGUAAUAUCAGUUCAUUAUAAAUUCAGAUUAUACAUAUUUUCAGAGUAAUUUUCCCUUUGAGUACUUCUGUUUGUUAAUUUCCAUAUUUUUGUCUAUUAUUAUAAAAUUCUUGUUGCUAUCCUUGACUUAAAUCAACUCUAUAAACAUUAAUAAAUUGUGUUAAAUCUUACUGGUGUUUUCAUUACAAGUGUUGACCAUAGUUCAGGAAUCCCCUUACCUGGGUUGAUUUUUAACUGAGCCAGUAUUUGACUUUAGAGAUACUUUGAUCACAAGAGUUAUUGCCCUUGUCGUACUGGUUCCGGUUACAUAAUUUUGGUGCCGUGACCAGGAUUCCUGAAUAGAAACCAUGGCUUCACUUAAUUCUAUUUUUGAUAGUGUAGGGCGAGCUACAUCUACUCCUAGAGUUAAUGUUAAUCCCUCACAAGGUGCUAGAAGUAAACUUUUGUCACGAAGUAGACAGUUAACAUCCCCUCCUGUAGAGAGAGUGAUUGAGAGUGAAAGAGAGCACAUUAACACCCAAAUUUCAGAUUUGGAGAAAGCUCUUCAAGACCUUACAUCUGACUACCAGAGAUGCAGAGCAGAGCUUGAGCAGACCAUAAGAUGCAGACGCCACAUAUCAUUUGCUAGGAUGGCCGAUGUUUUACAGUUAUCAGUUGAGCAAGAGGAGAUGGAGGAGCUCUUUGGUACAUCUUUUCCUAAGGAGUGGCCCUCAGAUGGACAAGCGUGUUCCAUUCCUAGCUGUCCAUCUGGGGAGCACGUCUUUCACAAAAUAGGAUCGUACAGGGCCCACUUCAUAAAAUUUCAUAAGGAAUUUGUGCCGGUGUAUCAUUGUCCUAAGGAAGGAUGCUCCUUCAGAGCUUUUAAAAUUUCGCCUAUCCGUAAGCAUUGGGAUAAGAAACACCCAGGACUUCAGGGGUGUAUUUUGUGUCGGAACAUUAAAAAUCCAAGAUACUGUAAUCCUGGACAGAUAGAUAUGCCCUUGCCGUCUAUACAUAGGGACGCCAGGGACAGGGCAGCAGAAGCCAGACGUCGAGCAUCAGCCUCUUCUACACCACUUUUUAACCUCCCAACAUGUUAUAAUGCUAGGGACAUGAAACCUCUUCACUUUUGACAUUUAUAUGUAAUUAAACAAAAUCUGUGAUUUUGUUUAUUUUUAAGGGGGGAGGAAUGUAACAAAUUUGUUUAUUUUCAUUAUACAGUUUGCAUUUUUCUUGAAGUUUUUACAGUUUAAACAGUUUAUUGUCAUUCCUAAGGUUCAAAUACUUACUGUUGAUCAUUUAAUUCUUUCUACUCUCAUAUUUUGAACAAGUUAAAAAUUAUCCUAUUUAUAGUUACACUUCUACAGGAAAUAGUAUCCAUGUUGUCACUUUUGCCUAAGUUAUAAAGUUACCUGUUCUCUGAUUGGCUAAGUUACUCUAGUUUCUUUGGUUUUCAUUGGUUAAAAUUAGUGAAUAGAAUACAGGUAUAUAUAAGAGAGUGUUCGGUCAGUUUUCUUUACUUGGGUUAGGGAGUGAUUACCUUAUGGUAAGUUUCCCUUUCUAUUCUUGGCACUUAAACCUCUUGGUUUUACGGCUAUGAAUAGAUUAGAGUUAGGUUUAGUAUAUUAAAGCAUGAUUUAUGUAGAGUUAGGAUUUAGUUCAUUUUUGUAGGGUUUAAAGCAUUUUUUUUUUAUAAUACAGAUUUUCCUUAAGGUUUAGAGUGUAAGUUUAGAUAGGUUUUCCCUUUCCCAGUCCUGGUUCAAGGUGUUGUAGAUAACUUAUUUUUAUAAGGAGGAUUAUCUUAGUCAUUUUUACAUUUAUUUGUCAUAGAGGAGAAAUUUGAUAUUUAUAGAGAUGUAGCUCGUUCCUUAUUCAUCGUUCCUCGUCUGUUAUUAUUAAAUCUAUUGUUAGAUUCUAUGGUGGCCCAGUAGGAGCAUAUUUUGAUUUUUGGCAAUUAUUUGGCAUUUUUGCAUUUUCUUAUUUUUUUUUAUUAAUUGUAGAAUUUAAUUAAGUUAUCAAGUAUCCAUUGUAAUAUCAGUUCAUUAUAAAUUCAGAUUAUACAUAUUAUCAGAGUAAUUUUCCCUUUGAGUACUUCUGUUUGUUAAUUUCCAUAUUUUUGUCUAUUAUUAUAAAAUUCUUGUUGCUAUCCUUGACUUAAAUCAACUCUAUAAACAUUAAUAAAUUGUGUUAAAUCUUACUGGUGUUUUCAUUACAAGUGUUGACCAUAGUUCAGGAAUCCCCUUACCUGGGUUGAUUUUUAUCUGAGCCAGUAUUUGACAUUAGAGUUACUUUGAUCACAAGAGUUAUUGCCCUUGUCGUACUGGUUC